UUUCGGAAAUGAAAAAAUCUACAUUCUGAUAUUGAUCAUUCCAAUUCUCAUAAGAGCAUAGACAAGUUUAAGUGGCACAGAGUGGUCGUACAAGGACAGGGACCUGGACCUCGCUACGGGCAUGUAAUGGACUUGGUUGCUCAAAGAUACCUUGUCACUGUCAGUGGCAAUGACGCCACUUGCAGAUGCUUAUGGGCUGCUCAUGCAUAGGAAUGGUCGGUGGGAAUGGACUCUUGCACCAGGUGUAUCUCCUUCAGCAAGGUAUCAACAUGCUGUGGUUUUUGUUGGUGCACGAUUGCAUGUUACAGGAGGUGCUCUCAGAGGAGGACGUGGAGUUGAAGGUGAAGCAGCUGUUGCAGUAUUGGACACCGCUGCUGGAAUUUGGUUAGAUAGAAGUGGGCUGGUCACCUCUUCACGCACAAACAAGGGACAAACUGAAUAUGAUCCUUUUUUGGAGCUUAUGCGUCGUUGUCGCCAUGCAGCUGCAUCUGUUGGUGUUCGAAUAUAUAUCUAUGGUGGUCUCAAGGGAGACUGGGCUUGUUUAACCGUGGGCCGAAAUGCAUGGAGUGGACCUGUAAGCCCAGCCCGACGCAACCAGGAAGCAGUUUCACUUCCUUACCGCAUGCACGUACGUGAUCUUCUAGGGUUUUAAUCAACUAAAUGCAUGUUUUCUCUCUAGAGAAGUGGCGGCAGCAACCCGUGCAGAGCUGCACUCCACCCUACCGUCAACAACUACACUGACCUUCACCCCGCACCGUGCACUUCUGCAGUGCACCACCCACGGCCAGCUCAGGUCAAUCUCAACCACGGGCAACCAUUGCGCCACGUGAGACGCGGAGCAAGCGGAUCACACGGCAAGACUCGCCCGCGCACGGCCAAAAGCCAUCCUGCAUCCCCAACCGUCUCCUGGAAAGCGCAGCCUCCCAAGGAAGUCAAGUCACCGCUUGCUCCUCCUCAACGUUGCCUUACGCCGCCACCGUGACCCAGCCGUGAACCCGUAGCCUUCGAUAGCCAUCCCGCAGCCUCUGUUUUUCACUCCCGAAACAGAGGAUGGUUCUCCUCCUACCGUGAGCCAUUGCAACCUUUAACCACCGUGAGCUUCUUCACGUUGCGGCUCUAGAAACCGCCGGCGAAGUUUUCUGUCACCCCAGGUCCGCCUCUUGCCGCCUCGCCGCACAGUAUCUCCCUCUCUGUUUUUCUGUCUCUCACGUUCGGUUAAUUCUCCCGUAAGCUCUC